AUGAAACUUGUUCGAGCUUGCCCUUCAAAGCUUAGCAAGCGUGAACUAGAGGACCUCUACUUUGCCCUCUUUGACAGUAAUGUGGACUUAAAACGUACCAUUAAUAGCCAAAAUGAAAAGAUUAAACAAUUGUCCACUAAAGUCCAGAGGCUUUCAGCAACUCAGAAGACAAGUCUUGGGAAAGAUGAAAGGGACUGCUGCUCAGGUGGCAAAGCUGUUAUCCGUGAGCAGAAAGAAAUUAUAGCAGAGUUAAAAAGAAGUAACGACCGGUUGUCUGAGAGGAUUCGUAUUUUGAACAUGAGACUGUGCUCUGCUAAACAGUUUUUGGGAAGAAAUUCGGCCCGCUGUAACAGAUCCUGCCUUGGAGCUAGUGCUUCUGUUAAAAAUGCAUCAACAGAUGCCCUCAAUACCAGCGUCAAAAAAAGUGCAAGUCAUCUUCUGACAACGGCUACUUCCCUUGACUUUAUUGAAAAGUAA